AAAAAAAAAAAAAAAAAAAUACACUUCACAUCAAGAUCCAAUCUUUACACUUCAAAACUUGUUUUGAAUUUUUUUUCUCCAUUUCUUCAAUGGCAAAUUCUUGGAGAAGAAACCAACAAAUCAAGAUUUUCACACCCAAAAAUCUCCUUCUCUUCAUCUCUACUUCACUUCUCCUUCUCAUUUUCCUUUACCUCACAUCACAAACUCAACAAUCCCAAAAUCCAAAAAAACCCUUAAAAUCCCUUAAAAAUCCAAUCUUUAAUAACCCUUUAAUAAAACCUUUUGAUUGUUACAAUUCACCUCAAGCUUACCCUGUAAUAGCUAGUAUAGUUGAAGGUAUUAAAUACCCAUUUCUUUUUUCACUUUCAGAUUUUGGGAAUUUACCAGAAAAACCCCAUAAGAAUAUUCAAAGGGUACUUAAAGGGAAGCCAUUUAGGAAGCCUGAUAUAUCUGGGACUGUACAGGAAUUAUUGGAAAAGAUGAAGGGUAAAAAGGGUAUUUUUGUUGAUGUUGGAGCUAAUGUAGGAAUGGCUAGUUUUGCUGCUGCUGUUAUGGGGUUUAAAGUUUUGGCAUUUGAACCUGUUUUUGAGAAUUUGCAAAGGAUUUGUGAAGGUGUUUAUUUUAAUAGAGUCGGUGAGUUAGUUGAAGUUUAUGAAGCUGCUGCCUCAGAUCAUAUUGGAAAUAUUACCUUUCAUAAGUUGGUUGGUAGGCUCGACAAUAGUGCAGUCUCAGCUAUUGGUGCCAAGUUGGCUUUUAAGUCAAAUGAAGAGAUUGAAGUUCAAGUAAAAACUAUUCCUCUUGACGAAAUUAUCCAAGAAGAGCCUGUUCUACUGCUAAAGAUAGAUGUUCAAGGCUGGGAAUAUCAUGUACUUAAGGGAGCGUCAAAAUUAUUAUCGAGGAAGAAAGGCGAAGCACCUUACCUAAUCUAUGAGGAAGAUGAGCGUUUGUUACAAGCCAGCAAUAGCAGUGCCAAAGAGAUCCGAGAGUUUCUCCACAGUGUGGGCUACAACCAUUGCACUCAACACGGUACAGAUGCGCACUGCACAAAAACAAAUUGACAAGGUUACUCAUUUUACAAACACUCUUCCGCUACAACUCUUGAAAAGUUCUGAUACAUCAAUUUUAACGAUCAACUAUCAUAUUUUUUGGUGCGAUAAGCUUAGAAUGGUUGGAGGACUGAGGACCUGACGCGCCAUUUGUUCAAAGUUGAGCUCUACUUUUUUCAGGUUUUGUGAAAUGGCAACCUGAUUUAGACCAUGUUGAGAGGAUUGUGACAAAACCAACUUUUGCCGGUAGGUUUGUGGUUGGAUAAACAGAUAGGAGAAGAGAAGGUAGGAAUACAGUGGCAGGAUGUUUUCUCACACUUUUUUGCUUGGUUACCCAAUAUGUAAUGUGUGCACAGGCUCUUUAUAGUAAUACUUCUCUUGUAGAGGUUGUUGCUUUGAUCUGUGUCUUUUGCUCCUUUUUUCUCUCUGUUUCCAUUGGUGAACAUGUUGAUCAUUAAGUACAUCUAACUACAAUUCUUUUUAAUGACUUCAA